CUAGUCUCUAAAUAUUGUCUUCCUCUUAUCGAACGUCCAUGUCUUAAACUAAUUUAAUGAUUCACAAAAGGGAGAUCUUUCAUUUGAAAAUGAUUCUAAUUUUCAUGUUCAUUUCUGUAAUCACAAGGAUAUCUGAUGGGUUUAUUGUCAAAGGUCCCUCUGAUCCUUUGGUGGUUCCUCUGGGAGGUUCGGUGGUUUUGCCCUGUUCUGUUGACACACCUUUACCAGUGAAUGGACUGAAGGUGGUUUGGAGAAGAACAGAUUCUGAUACUCUGGUUCAUCUGUUUGUUUAUGGUGAGAGUCGACCAGAGGCCCAGCAGCAGUAUUAUCAUGAUAGAGCUCAUUUCUUUACUGACCAGAUUCAACAUGGAAACUUCUCCCUGCUGUUGAACAAUGUGAGAGCUGAAGAUAAAGGAGAAUACAUGUGUAAAGUUUACAGAAACAAGGAUUCUGGUCAAACUUUAGUUGAAAUAAAAGCUGUUGGGUACUUGGUGGUAUCAGGAUCAGAUCACUCUAUAUCUGCGUAUAUGGGUGAUGACGUCACUCUGAACUGCUCUGUGUAUUCUCACAUCACACCUGAAGAACAUCAGUUGGUUUUAUGGAUGAGAAUAGAUAAAAAUAUCCCGGUUCUGCUAUUUGUAAAGAAUAAAACUGUGUUUUCACAUGAGCAAUACAGAGACAGAGCUGAGUUCUUCACUGCUGAAAUCCCCAAAGGAAACUUUUCUCUGAGAUUAAAGAGUGUCAGAACUGAAGACAAAGGAGUUUACAUGUGUUACGUGAUUAGUGGAAAUUUUUAUGCCAGCACAACUGUGAUCAUGGAACGAUUGGGUUUCUCUACUGUACACAUAAUGCUGUUGAUUCUGUGUAUAACUGCAUCUGGAUCUGCACUUCUGUUCUCCUGGCUGAUCUACUGCAGAUUGCAAAACGAAGAGAUAUUUUAUCAGGCUUGGCUUGUAUUUUUUCCAAAUAUUGUUCUGUUCUUGGCUUUCGUCCUGUGGGGUGUUUCUGAAGGAUUUGUGAAUGAGAGUGUCUGCUGCUGUGCUUUAUAUUUACUGAGGCCUAACAUGCUGAUUAGGGCUGCACCAUUUAUAAAACCACUUAAAGCCAUCAUUGAUACAUGGAUUAUGCGUUAUGAAGUCUUGAGUUUCCCUGAAUACUUUUUUACAGGUGUCGUUUCUUCAGUUCUUUGUAAAUAUGGUUGGCAACAAAGCCAGAAUUGUAAUUUUAUUAAUGGCAUAUUUAGUGUCUCUGGAAUACUGAUUCUGUCGUCUCAGUUAUGGAGCUUUGUAAGCUUAAUGGCUUGUGUUCUUGGGUGGAUAACACGUGAGCUUGUGCAAGUAAUGGCUUGUGUUCUUGUGUGGAUAACAUGUGAGUUUGUGCAAGUGUUUUUAGGUACUGCUUGGACCUGUUUUACCAAUGUUCGUAAGAGAGAAAAGAGAAUAGAGAGAAAAUGUAGACAAUGGGACAUGACAGGUUUCUCACAUACAGGUUCAUCGUUUGUCACAAGAAGAGAAUGGUGCAUUAAUAUGAUAGUGGUGAAUGUGUUACUGAUGUGUCUUUACAUAUCAACUCUAGAACAUCUAAAUGAUUUCAUCGGAUGGAUCUGUGUGAUUGUAUUUCAAAGCAUAUAUUUGGCAUUUAUGGACUUAAAAUUAUCAGAUAAUUAUUCAGUUUUUCCUUACAGUACUGCUGUGUAUCUGUUUGGAGCGGUUGGUGUUGUUUUUCUGAACUCUUUUGCUCUGAUGACAGAACUUUUAAUGAAGAUAUUUAAUGGUGGGCGUGCAGUAGGCGAUCUAAGAAUCAUUGUCUUUCCAUCUGAAAGCUUCUUCACUUUAUCUCUGCUGAUUUUACAAUUAUGUGCAUCUGGUAAGACUCAUGUGUUCACACGUACCAAUCAUUUGGAGAUGUUUGUAUUCAUCCAGAGUACUGUGAUGUUUUUUUGGCUGUUGUUUUAGUUGUGUGUUAAAAAUGUUUCCUAAACUUUAGAAACUUAUUUUUGUCUCUGUCAUAGUUCAGGGUGAUUAGCUCAAUUCUUAAUGUAUUUCUUUCUUUAAAAAAAAAUAAAAAAAAUAACUGA